AUGAGGACGUUGACGGAGAGCAGGCGGCGCCACAGUGGCUCCUCGGCGUGCAAAGGGGACUCCGAGUCGGAUGACGAUGAGAAUACCAUCUGUAGCAGGGCGGCCAUCAAGAGGAGUGUGGUCUACUAUCUCAAGAACAGCACUCUGCAUGGAUUAAAGUACAUCGCCGAAGAGAGCAUCACCAUUCCGGAACGCAUCUUUUUUGGUCUUGCCUUUGUGCUGGUGGUAAUCCUUUCUGGGUUCUUCAUAUCCAACGUGUACGUAAAGUGGAGUGCCUCGCCCAUAAUCAUUUCGACCAGUGCCAAGCAAAAGCUGACCAGCAACAUGCCCUUUCCGGCGAUCACGAUCUGUAAUCUCAACCAGGCGCUGCUCAGCAAAGUGGAUCGCAUCGGUCGGACCAGCACGAAUUUCUCGCUGCUAAUGGGUCUGUGUGACCAGGGCGGGGACACGACCAUCUCGUACAUCGGCACCUGGAAGUACUUCAAAGCGAUCCUGGUGGACGUCGCCCAGCCGUGCGAGAAAAUGCUGCUGUACUGCAGCUUCGGAUCGCGGGAGGAGGACUGCUCCUGGCUCUUCACCUCCAUUCUGACGGACGAUGGGCUGUGCUGCAACUUCAAUGCCCUGCAUCCGUCGUAUCUUAUACGGAACUACAGUGACGAUGUGCGGCUGGAGACGGCUCAUCCGAAUACCCGCUAUGAGCCCAUCGAUUGGACACCGGAGAAGGGUUAUGCCCGCAAUUUGCCAGAAUUCUACUUUCCGCGCACCUCGGGUGGCACGGGCAUUCGCAUGGGUCUAACCGUCGUGCUGAACGCCUCCAUAGCGGAGUACUACUGCACCAAGUCAAUGAGUGUCGGUUUCAAGGUACUCGUGCACAAUCCCGCCGAACUACCGAAGGUGAGCAACUAUGGUUUCGUUGUGACCGCGGGACGCGAGGCACGGAUACCCAUCGAACCCGUCUACGAGGAUGCCCUGCCCACGAUACGGUCCAUUAAGAAAUCGGUGCGUCGCUGCCUUUUCUCCGAUGAGAAUGACCUGGCCUACUAUCGGACAUAUUCGCGUAAGAACUGCGAGCUGGAGUGCGAGGCGAAGUUGCUGCUCCGCGAGUGCAGCUGUGUGCUGUACUAUCUGCCCCGGAUUGAUCCGCUGGCCCGGGUGUGCGGACCCAACGAUAAUCAGUGCACGGAUCGGGUGCAAACCGAGAUCGAGUCCUCGCUGACGAAUCUAUCCUGCGAGAGCUGCUGGCCGGGUUGCUUCGAGCUUACCUACAAGGCCACACUUUCGACGGCGUCGAUCGUUUCGGAUCCACGAUUUCAGGCCGGCGAGAAUCUACCCGACAAUAUCUUUCACGGACCAUAUAGCAAUGCCAGCGAGAUUUCGAUACUGCACUUCUACUACAUGACCAACAUAUUUCGCAGCACCACCAAGUCCGAGAUGUUUGGCUUUACCGAAUUCUUGUCUAACACGGGCGGCCUCUUGGGACUUUUCAUGGGCUUCAGCAUUUUCUCGGUGAUCGAGGUCUUCUUCUACAUCACUGUCCGUCCGUACUGCGCCUCGCGGACACUCCGGCAGCGCCACAAACGCCGCCUGGAGCAGCUGCGCUGGCUGACGCCGGUCCGGUUGCCCAUCCGCAGAGCACUGCGCCGCAAUCGAGGUGGUCUGCUCCGGAAUCCGCCGCCGCCGGCGUACAGUGAUCUGCAGAAGAGCCGCGGGAAACUGGACAAGCCGGAGCCAGGCAAGCGGAAGCUUUGGCGGAUGCUGCAAGUGCGGCCAGUGGAUCGGGUGGAUGAGGAACUGCCCACCUAUCCCUACUUGGACUAAGUUUAUG